CUGUGUCAGGAAAUCAGAACUCACUAACAAUAACAAGCAUGAAGUCAAUUCUACUCUCUGUGCUAGCUCUAUCUCUUGUACCCUACUGUCUCAGCCAAUUAACCACAUUUGGAGCAAACUACAUUCCCAGCAUUGGCACUGUUGUAGCAGGCCUCCCAGGAACCAACCAUACGUUCAAUUGCGACCAAUUCAGCAGGAACAAUAACGUAACCACAAAAGUUACCACCGCUUGGUUACUUGAUAACUUCCUGGGUCUAUCGCUAGUUAGUAUUCGUACGAAUGAUCAUCCAGAGUUUGCUAUCACUGGAACAGAGAGAGGCAGUGAUUUCCCGUUUCCAACCUUCCGUAACCAGUUAACUAUUGUGAAUCUCACACAUAGACUGCAUAACGUGAGGCUCUUCUGUGGACAUGGACAAAAUACUGAUGGAUAUUGGGAGCUGAGAGUUUACACUCCACCAUUACUCAAUAGUAAUGAACAGUUGAGUGUAACAGAAGGGGACAGCGUGAGUGUGAACGUCAGUCAAGGCCUGAGAGAAACGUUUCCAUUCCCUCGGGACUUUGAGUGGCAGAAAGAUGGUGUCAUCAUUAGCAACUCCACUAGAGCAGCGUUUGGCUACACUCUACUAAACAUCAACCCAGUGAGAAGAGAGGACAAUGGAACGUACACUUUGUCAGCUACUAACUCGAGAUUAGGAGACUCUGAGAGCAUUAUUGGAACUGGAAAUGGACGUAUUGAAUUGGAAAUAUUCUAUGGACCUGAGCUUGAUGCUGCUGAGUCAGCUCUGGCCGCUGUGGAGGAGCAAGCUAACCUCACUCUGAUGUGUGGGACUAACGUGGUUGGACACCCAGUACCUAGUGUGCAAUGGAGGGACAGUGCAGACAGUGUAAUAGACACUGCUGACACAGCAUUCGUGUUCAACAAUGGACCAGAGCUAGUCAGUCUAACAAUCCUCAGUGCACAGUUGAGCGACACAGGGAACUGGACCUGCACUCUGACCUCCACUGAGACGGCUGUAAUCGUUGAGAGGAUGCUGUCAUUGACUGUUAUCACUCGUCCACCAUCUCCAGUGAAUGUAACAAUAAACGAACGAGGGGCUACAUGGUUUUACGUCAGUUGGCUAUCACCACUGGACCCGCCCACUCACUUCACACUCACAGCCACCCCCUCAAACAACGAGUCACCCGUCACACUAACCGUGGAGCAACCACGACUCAGUGUCAACAUGACAUCACUGAUACCUGGUACAGAGUACAGUGUUGCAGUGGUGGCUAGCACUCUCUUGCAAGGUGUUGUGGCUGCCAGUCACAGUAGUGUCACUGUUGUUGAUUCUACUAAUACUUCAGCACCAGCGUUGGUUUGUUCCAACACUUUCUCCUCUGAUGGAGUAGCGACAGUCAGCUGGGUACUCGUGCACACCGGUGGCCUCAACCUCACCUCACAGGAGGUGGCGUAUGCAACGCCUGAGGCUGUGGACUUCACACCGAUUAUGGCGGACCUAUUGGAGCAGAGCUCAGUAUCCGUGAGGGGUUUGUCUGCAGGGGAGUUCUACACAUUUAGAAUUAGUGCAAGCAAUGCUCUAGGAGAGGCUGUAUCAGUCUGUCCUGCACUGUGGCUAACAACAGGCAUACCACAGAUACCACUCAUACAUGGCAUCAUCUCAAACAACUCACUACAAGCACUCCUCACUGUUAGCACGUCUGCGUCUGGAACCGGACCAUCAGACUCCACCUUCCAAUUCCUGAUUCAAGUCGUGGAUACCAAUUCCACGUUGAUGUUUGAAACCUCCAUUCCACGUCCAAACUAUCGAGAUGGGGCCAUUGUUGAACUGACUGUUACCUCUGGUUUUGUGCAAGGUGGUGAUUUCAUCUUCACUGUGAGGACUGAGAAUCAAUACGGGACAAGUUCAUUCUCAGAACCUGUUAGAGUGAUCGUGGCUGACUCAGAAGAUGCACAACUACCAGUGGCUGCUAUAGCUGGUGGAAUUGGAGGUGGUGUGCUGCUGCUGUUGCUAGUGGUGAUCAUCAUACUGGUGGUGGUCUGUAUUGUACGCAGCAAUAAAACAGACACAGAAUCUAAAAUCCAACGUUGUGAUUCUCUAGAGAUGGUAUCCAAUCAGAACUACGGCAAGUUCAGUGAGGGGGUGGAUACGCCCACAGCAGUACCACACAACACACACUACGAUACUAUUCCAGUCCGCUCUCCUUCUAUCUACGAUCAACUAGCUCCACCCCCCAAGGAAACGUUAUCGGACAAUCCAUUGUAUAGCAGCACAGGGGAGCUGAGAUUGAGCGCUGUGUUUAACACUUACAAUAUGGUGCCCCCCAGAGGUAGUUCCCACCAACUGACCCCCAGUCAUCAGAAUAUUCCACUACCCCCUCGUCCGGUGAGCGAGAGUGACCCCGCCCACUCCACCCCAAGCCCCUCCCACCCCACCUAUUCCACACCGUCAGCCCCUCUGGACAUGCCCCCUCUAACGAACCACCACCUGAUGGACAGCGAACACUUGUACGCUCAUGCUACUAGUAACAGAGCACCACUCUCAGAACCAACGUACUCUGAACUAUAGAUCAGUGGAAAUUUUCAUAUAACAAACUCAUUCAAACACAUCUCUAUAAUACAAGCGGCUUUAUGGUAUAAAAUAUUAUGCAUACACAGUUACUAGAAAUGAAAUUACGGUCUCACUCUGUAAGGCUGCAUUGUUCAGUUCAAUAUC